GUCUUCUUGUCCUCACACUUGGAUCAGUUCGUGGAGAGAGAGUGAAAAUACGCAAUAUCUGCUGUGCGCGUCAGUGGCUAGAGAUGUGAAUCCUGUAAUAAGAGGACAACUAUACUCUGUGUGAGAUAAUCACCGUCGUUCAUCUGCCUGUAGGUGCUGGACUCAAUGUAUAAUGUCUAGACGAGGACGUUCAAAAAAAUCCAAAGCUCACACAUUCACAGGACAGUGUGAGGGUCCUGGGCUCCAUGUAUUUCUGCUCUGGACUAAAGAGGGAGAGCGCUGCCUGUCCUACAAGGAGGGUGAGGUGACUGCUGAAGAUCUCACCAUCAAUGCAGCAAAAGCUGUGGGGAUCACUCCAGUCUGUCAUGCCUUGUUUGCUCUUUAUGACCCUGCAUCCUCGUGUUGGUACAGUCCAAAUCACAAAUUUAAUGCGGAAGACCAGUCUGGCCUUUUGCUGCAUUUCCGUAUGAGAUUUUACUUCCGUAACUGGCACGGAUUAAGUGAAAAGGAAACGCUAGUGACACGUCAUGCAUUACGGACUGGAACAGGGGCAGAGCCAGUUACGUCUCCUUUGCUGGAGAUGACCUCCCUGGAAUACCUCUUUGCUCAGGCGAAAUAUGAUUUUGUGAAUGACUUGACAUGUUUGGAUGCAGUGAAGGGAGAAGAAGAGAUCAGUGGUUUUAAGAAUGAAUGUCUAGGUAUGGCUGUGCUUCACCUCUCUUACACAGCACUGCAGAGUGGCUCUUCUCUACAGGAUGUGGCCAAGCAGACCAGCUUUCUCCAUUGUAUCCCUCAAUCCUUUUCCCGACACAUUGCUCGGAACAAUGUCCUGACAAGGUUCCGUAUUCGGCGCGUGUUUGCAAACUUUGUAAGCAGUUUCCAGGAGCACACGGUGGGCAUGGGAAAGUUUGGGUCACAAGAAGUUAUGUAUAAGUAUAUAUCCACGCUGGAGCGUCUGGCACCAAAAUUUGGUGCCGAAACCUUCCCUGUGUUCAGUCUUGACCUGAGAUCUGAUGGAGAUGGCAGUGGGUCGUACCCCAUUGCCUCCCAAACACAAACCGUGAACAGUGAACCUACUCAUGAGAUCAGAGUGUCUGGAUCAACCGGCAUAUGUUGGAGGAAGACAUCAGCACAAUGGGGGAAUGACUAUAUUUAUAAACAGAACAGAGAAGCACAGCCACCUGAUGAACAGGAAAUGGACAACUGGAACACCUUCUGCGACUUCCCUGCGAUCUCUCAUAUUGCCAUUCAGGGCAUAAACGUCUGCAUCAGUCGCCAAGACAACAUGUCAAUGGACAUGCGUUUGGGCUCCAGACUUCAGGCUCGCUCUCUGGUUUCACUGCUGGAUGGAUAUUUCCGCCUUACAACCGACGCGCAUCAUUAUCUUUGUCACGAAGUGGCUCCGCCCAGAGUGGUUCUCAGUGGGACCAAUGACCUGCACGGUCCCAUACUGGAUGAGUAUGUGCUCCAAAAACUAAAGAAAGAAGCAGAGGAUGGAGCGUUUAUUGUGCGCUGGAGUGUUUUGGAUUACGAUCGCAUAAUCCUGGCAUCUCUGAGUCAAACAAAGGAUGGAGAAAAUCCAAUAUACAAACAGUUCAGAAUUACGCUGAAGGGCUCCAUGUUCAGACUGAAAGGCUGGGAUCAAGAAUUCUCUAGCAUAAAGGAGCUCACCAAUAGCUUAAAGACCUUCGUGCUGAAGUCUGGAGAAGACCGCUUCACUUUGAAGAAGUGCUGCCUGCCCAGACCAGGAGAGCUAUCGAACCUUCUCGUAAUAAGAAAGGGUGCCAACAGUAGCAUUAAAACGGUCUCUGAAACCCUAAACCUGAGCCAACUGCGGUUUCAUCAAAUUAAGGACAAGGAAAUUACAAAGAUUCUCUCAUGGUUCAUAGAACAGGAAGCUACGAACGAACCACUUCCUUAUGAGCGCGUAGAGCGCAUCCCGUGGAUCGCUCCGGAGUGUAUCGCCGAUGGGGCCCGUAUAAGAAGCGCUGCCGACCAGUGGAGCUUUGGAGUGACUCUUCUGGAAAUCUGCAACAACGGAGAUCUUCCUAUCAGUGGCAGCACACUGCCUGAGAAAGAGCGAUUCUAUGAGACGCAGAGUCGCCUGGCGGUGCCGUCUUCUCAAGAGCUGGCGAGCUUUAUCAGCAUGUGUCUGACAUACGACCCUGCUGCACGGCCGUCCUUCCGGACCAUUCUGAGAGAGCUAACAGAGAUUCAGAUUAAAAAUCCAGACAUUUCAUCAGAAUGUGAGUCACUCCCAGACAGAGACCCUAGCAUGUUUUACAAACGUUACCUGAAGAAGAUCAGGGAUCUGGGAGAGGGACAUUUUGGAAAGGUGAUGCUGUACGUCUAUGACCCUGGCAAUGACGGAACAGGAGAGUAUGUGGCGGUGAAGGCAUUGAAACAAGAGAGUGGAAGUAACCUCCACGAUUCCUGGAUGAAGGAGAUCGACAUACUUAAAUCACUUUACCACAACAAUAUCGUCAAAUACAAGGGGUGCUGUACUGAACUGGGUGGACAGGUGGUUCAGUUAAUCAUGGAGUAUCUUCCACUGGGAAGCCUCAGAGAGUACCUGCCAAAACACUGGUUGGGAAUCGCACAAAGUCUCCUGUAUGCACAGCAGAUCUGUAUGGGGAUGGACUAUCUGCACUCCAAACGGUACAUCCACCGGGAUUUGGCUGCACGGAAUGUUUUGGUGGAGAAUGAAGGUGUGGUUAAGAUCGGCGACUUUGGCUUGACAAAGUACAUUCCCGAAGGGGAGAUCUACUAUCGUGUUCGUGAGGACGGAGACAGCCCUGUGUUCUGGUACGCCAUAGAGUGCCUGAAGGAGAGCAAGUUUUCCUUUGCCUCUGAUGUUUGGUCCUUUGCUGUGACCCUCUAUGAGAUUUUGACCAACUGCAACCAUCGCCAAAGCCCCCCUUCGAAAUUCUUUGAGAUGAUGGGAUUGGUCCAUGGUCAGAUGACUGUGGUUAAACUUAUUACCCUCCUGGAGAAAAAUGAGAGACUGCCGUGCCCUCGAGACUGUCCCCGUGAGGUUUAUUUACUGAUGGAGCAAUGCUGGGAUUUCAACCCUGGGCAGCGUCCAUCAUUCAGUUCCCUGGCUGAGUCUCUGAAGGAUAUCAGGCAAACGUACAAACAGCAACCGUCUGUGCAACUCGCUCAGCUCAACCAUCGCUGACCUGCUCUGUCCUCUCUAUCUGUGCUGUUCUCACAGCCUGUAACCACAGCACUUCACUGUGAACCUGACCACACUUAGCUCAUUGGGCUGUAUUUUCAGAAAAGAGGAUGUUUUUUUUAUAUUCAGUUGAGGGAACCCACAUACUGUACCUCUUUUUCUACCGAAACUGUGCCGGUGUUUGUGAUAGACCCAGAGCUUGGUUCUACAAACCUCUCUUUGAACUGCUCGCCGCUUUCAGUCACUUAAGAGGUGAACAAUAACUCAACUUACUGUUACUCUAUAACCACCAGCUCCAGCAUCAGCACAGUUCUUCUGUCAGUGGAAAAAAGGUAACUGUGACCUUAAGUGCUCUUUAAAGCAACCGAAUGAAAGUUUUUACCUUGAAAUAUCAGUUUCAAAAUCAUUCUGGUGCUACACUGACUUCUAAGAAGGUGAAUGGCUUCGGUUUCUUUCCCACACUCCACCGCAAAUGUCUGUUCUGGGAGUAUGUAAGUUUGGUGAGCGGGUACAAAAUCCCUCCAAAGGGGUGAAAUGCUUUACGGCAGCAACGAACGCACGUGUACAGCGAUCCACUGUAAAAUCUACAGUGAUUUCCUAAAUUAACUGUAGGGGGCUUUAAAGUCGCAAAAAUACACAAAACUACAUACAGUUGCUUUAAGUCAAGUGUCUUGCUGUUAAAACCAUAAUAACCAAAGAAUGCAUGGUUGUGGACAUUAUUCAUUCCUUAUUUCAUUCCCAAUGUAACAUAUUAUUGUGUAAAUAUGGUCAGGUGUGUUUAGUUGCUUUCGAGCUUACUUCCUCUUUCCCCAAUCCUGCUGUUAUACAUACUGUGUAUAUACAGUGGGUACGGAAAGUAUUCAGGCCCUCUUAAAUUUUUCACUC